UUAGGAUUCUAUCUAUUUUUUCUGUUUAUAUAAAUCAUGAAUCUCCUUUUAGAUUUUUGUUAAACUAAAUUUCCAGAUUGUUUUUUUUUUCUUUACAGAGAAUGGAGAAACGAGUGGAGAGAGAAACCUCCCUUGAACUUCCUGAAGAACUAAUCGAAGAAAUCCUAUACUUUUUGCCAGCCAAAAACCUGUUGAGAUUAAAGUGCGUUUCGAAAUCGUGGAAUUCUUUGAUCUCCAGCAAAAGCUUCAUCAAAGAGCACGCCAAGAAAUCGAGCACCGGCGGAAAUCUCGACUGUAGUAAGCUGAUGUUAAACUACGAUGAAUCCUAUAAGAAUGUCCGAUAUAUGCGUGUAUUUUGCCAACCGAGAAGCCUCGUUUCGUGUCCGAUUCAGAAUUUAUUACGUAAGGGCGAUCCCGUCGACACGGUUCUUGAUAGUCAUCGCAUGAAAAAAUCCGGUUACGAUAUUCAGAUCGAGGACGUUCGGAUAUUGGGAUCGUGUAACGGGCUGAUACUCAUCAGCGUCAAUUAUUUGAGAUAUUUAUUUCUAUUGAAUCCUUUUACUAGAAACAUGAGGAAUAUUCCACACGCCUCUUCUUUUACACGAUCGGAAUUAUUGAAUGCACCACCUUUUACGUACUCGUUGGGGUACGAUGAGUACACGGACGAUUACAAGGUUGUUUGCAUAAUUGGUGAUUACGCGAAACCCUAUCAUACACAUAUCUAUAGUUCCAAAAAUAACACUUGGAAGAAAAUCGAAAGUUUCGACAAGGGUAUUUUGUUGGAUGAUACUGGCAAGUUUGUGAACGGGAAGCUGCAUUGGCUGGCCGCGCAAGAUGACGGGGUUCGCGAGAUUUUUUCUCUUGAUUUGAGGAAGGAGAAAUAUGAAGUUGUGGCUCGGCCAGAAAACUAUUCGAAACGCGUUCGACCGUUUUUGAGAGAGUUGGGAGGCUAUCUUAGUUUGAUUAGUUUAAGUAGUAGCGUCGACGAUAUUAGUGUUUGGGUUAUGAUGAAGUACGGCGUGAGAGAAUCUUGGACUAAGAUUUGGACGUCUUCGGAAUUCGAAUUGGAUUAUCCGGGGAAGGUAAUUUGUGGGGCGUCGCCGUUAUGUUUGAAGAAGAAUGGAGAUAUCACGGUCGCUUUUGGAAAUAAUGUGGUUGUUUAUAACGGAAGAAACGUGGUGCGGAAGUCCCGAGUUGGUAUGCUUGACGGUGUAAUCGACACGGUUGUCUAUGUUGAAACCCUCGUUUCACCAUUUGGUGAUGAAGAACAUGGCCAAUGAUCAUCAACCUAGAUAGGAGGAUUCAUAGGAAUUUGUUUCAAUUUAGUUUAGGAUAGAAGUUUGAUGUUUUUUAAA